AUGUUUCAAUAUUGGAGAGAUCUUGCACGCAAACAUAAGAGAAAAAUCAUAGUAUCUACGGGAGUUGUGGCCGCAUCUUAUUUAAUUGGAAAAUAUGUUGCCUCAAAAAUAGAGGAGUUUCAGAAACGCGUUAAAGAGGAGAACUUUGCCAAAGAACAGGUUAAAAGGAGAUUUAAGCAAACACAAAAUGAUUCCUAUAUGACUUUUCUUUCAUUGCUUCCGGUCCUUGUAGAGCCUAUUUACGAGGAAUUAAAUGUCGAGGAGAUAACAAGAGAGCUUAGAAGUAGAAGACCUUCACGAAAGAACGCUCAACCGGAAGAUAAUACAAAGUCGGAAGCUGGGUUGUCAACAGUUGCCAGUGAGGAAUUCAAUACCCCUAUCACUACAACUCCAAAAGAUGAACAACUUUUGCAGAGCACAAUCCAAAAUAGAAGCAAAUCGGAAUUAUGGGGUGCACUUAAAAUAGUAUCAUUGACUAGAUUUUUGACUCUAUUCUACAGUCAAUCAAUCCUAAUAAUUUAUUUGCAUCUUCAGCUCAAUAUUCUAUCGAGAAAAUCCUACUACGAAUCGGCCGUAAAGUUGGCUUCCAUACGAGAUGCCGACCUAGAAACUCCAGAUUCCUUGAGUGAGGACGAGGGAAAUACGCUCCCUGAACAAGCGUUUCUUUCUUUCAGUUGGUGGUUUCUUAACAAGGGAUGGCUUCGAUUAAAGGAUAUCAUUGAAGAUUCGGUAGAAGACGUUUUUGGUGAAAUCGAUCCACGUCAAAAAUUGACUAUCAAAGAGUUUGCAUCUUUAAUAAACACUUGCCAGCAAGCCAUUUAUAAAAAGUUACGAAAUGAUGAAAAUGCGGAAUCUUUGGAUAGCAACCAGAGUGUUAUCGUGAGCUCACUUCUUCCUCCUCAUGAUAAGGAGUUUUAUUUACUUCAACAAACUAAUAGUGCUGAUUUUUUGGCAGAAUUCAAUUCAGACAUCGCCAAUACGGAAAAUUUAGAAAAGCUCCUAACAGAAUUGAAAGAGUACCUUGCAAAUGAACAGGUUAUUUCACUUUUAAAUCUUUUGGUAACUGUCGGCAUUUCAUUAGUUCUAGACAAAAUUCUUGCUACGGUUGAAAGAAGUUCAGUUUCAAAGGCAGAUACUGAGGCGAAUGAACCUAGUAUUGCAGAAAUCUGUCCUGAAAAAUUAAAGCUUGCCUCCCUGUUAGCGUUGAUCACUAAACAGUCUAAUAAGCUCACCAACAGCUCUCUUGAUAAUGAGAUUCUUAGCACAUUGAACAAUUUACAAGAGCUAGAAGAUUUAAGUGCAAGUAUUUACUCGAACUUCAAAUUUUAA